AUGAAGCUUAAUGAUGAGAAUUUUGGUGGCUGGAAUCCAUGCAGCUCACCUGAGUCUGUCACCAAGAUACCGGAGAGACAGAAGCCACGAGGGAUGCGGGUGAUGAAAAAGGUUCACCAAGUCAAGCCUGGUAAACUGCACGCGAUGCAAAUCCUAGAUAAUGGGGGAGGGAGCAAGCAAGGAGGAUUUGAUUUGAUUCCAUCCGAAAAGGUCGUUUAUUGUUUAGACGUGGUAGGAGUACGUGCAGGAGUAGAAUGCAAGGGCGGCCUCGGGAGAAGAGGUAGAUAUAUUGACUGUAAAAGACGCAUUGCUGGAAGAGCUUUCAAUAUGUUGUCUUGUGAUCAAGUUUCCAUUCGCGAUUUUGAGCUUGAUGAUGAUAGAGAAGACAUCUUCUUCGACUCAUUUGACUCUCUUGAGACUUCUCUGAAUUCUAAACCAUCUGCAUCAAACCUGGUAGAAAAGCCAGAGUUGGAAUUGAGAGAGAAUAUUUCCAAUGAGUUCUUGGCGAAAGAAAUUUCGGCUGUUCAUGAAAGAUGUAAAAGGUUCCUACGUGAAACAGGCUUCGAUACAUUAUUCUUGUCGGAAAUGAGAUGCACAGAAGAACCCAAAGUAAAAAUAAAUACUUCAUUGCACCAAACGGAAUUGGAGAUGAUGUCUGAUUCUUUAUCGAUCCCUGAAUACAGUGGAGAGGAGGAUUCCGUUUGUAUGAGCGCUGAAGAUACAGAAAAUGAUGUUAAUGCUAUGCUUCAUGAAGUUGGCCCGAAUAGGACCAUGGCAUGGCUUGAAACUGAAACCCAAAUCGAGUCUCAUGUUGAUCAGCGAUUGUUGGAUCAAAAACGCACUGUGAAAGGAAACACAAACCUAAGAAAACGAUGGUGGGCAAGAUUGUCGACAAAGAGGAGUGAUAGUGAUUUGCUCACAAAUGAUGCCCUUUUGAGAAAUUCACUAGCAUCAAAAGCAUUGGUGAAAAAAGUAGGUUUUCAUAACAGUAGAGAAAUCACAGAAUUUCGCAUGAUACAGGAAAUUGCUGCACACAAAGGUCUGAUUAGGACCAUGAAGUUCAGCCCAUGCGGGACGUAUCUGGCCACUGGUGGUGAAGAUUGUGCCGUUCGGGUAUGGAAGGUCAGAAAACUUAGUACAGAUGAUCUUAGAAGAAAAGGCUUCAACUUUUCUUCGACUCUUAGCCCAGAUGAUCUCCAGGUCGAGGAAGUUCCACUACAUGAAUAUUUUGGACAUACCAGCGAUAUCUUGGACCUCUCAUGGUCUAGGUCUAGUUGUCUUCUUUCAGCAUCGAAGGACAAAACUGUUCGAAUGUGGAAAGUUGGCUGCGAGAGCUGUGUUAAAGUUUUCUACCACAAUGAUUAUGUGACCUGCGUUCAGUUCAAUCCUCUUGAUGAUGCACACUUCAUAAGUGGCUCACUGGAUCGAAAAGUGCGCAUAUGGAGUGUUGACAAGAAUAUUGUUGUUAAUUGGGUUGACACAAGGAGCAUCAUAACAGCCAUAUCUUACCAAGCUGAUGGAAAGGGUUUUGUUGCCGGGACUCUAACUGGAAACUGCCGCUUCUAUGUUUGUUCAGGUACAGGCAACAACCUGCAGUUGGACAAAGAACUAUAUGUGUGGGGCAAAAACAAGUCAUCUGGCAAACAAAUUACUGGUUUGCAGUGCACUGGAGAUUCUAAGGUCGUGAUCACAUCAGUUGACUCUAAAGUUUGCAUUUUUGACGGAUUUAAGGUCGUACAGAAAUUUAGAGGAUCCUGGAAAUCUAAGAGUCACGUGGCUGCAUCUGUUACAGCUGAUGGUAGAUACAUCGUUUCGGUUGGUGAAAAAUCAAACAUCUGCAUCAGGGAUCACUACAGUGACAUGGGCAUUCCUUCUAAAAAGGCGAUGAAGUCUGUAUUUUCCUGUGAGCAUUUCUUUCCUGAAGGUGUAACAGUGGCUGUUCCAUGGGUUACUGUAGAAGGAGGAGAAGCUUGUUUACAUAAAAGCCAGAUGGCUUCUUCAGUUCCAUUCGAGCAAAACCCCGAGAUAUUCGUUAAAUACCGGAAUCAAAAUUUAUUCUCUCUUGGAUCCUGUUUACGGACCACUGGUGCUGCAAGCAUUUCAGCAACAUGGCCAGAGGAGAAACUUCCAGCGUCUUCAACGCAAGUGAAACUUCCUGACUUGUCUGAUUGCCAUCAUCAAUCAGGCCAAGAACCAGCAUUACCUGUGGCCACAUCAAGUCUGGUUUUUGUUACUGGAAGCUGCAGUGGAAUGAUCAGGUUGUUCAGGUACCUUAGAUCACCUGCUAAAGUCUGCUAA